CCCAGUUUGUUUCUGAUGUGGGAACGAUGGCAGGCGUGCAGCCGCCUCCCCUCCGCAGCCUGGAUGAUUUUUUGUUGAGCUCGGCUCGUUUUGCGGUGCCAGAUGUGCGGGACCUGGACCGCUGGAACAACCGCAUGAUCAACAACCUUUUGUAUUAUCAAAGCAACUACUUCCUGUCCGCUCUGAGCUUCCUGCUGCUUGUGGGGUAUUUCCAGCCCAUCCAGAUGUUUGUUGGGAUGACGGUGGUCACCGCGUUGUUCCUGGGCUUCGUCUGGGCUGCGGAGAACAAAGCUCCGAUCCGCCGUUUCCGAAGAAACCAUCCAUUAUUGUCUGUGCUCGCCAUUCUCUUGGCCAGUUACCUCUUCAUAUUGAUGUUGGGAGGAGUGGCUGUGUUCCUGUUUGGAAUAGCCAGCCCAGUACUGAUGGUCCUGGUACAUGCAUCGAUGAGGCUGCGGAACCUGAAGAACAAGCUGGAGAACAAACUGGAGAGCAUUGGCCUGAAGCGGACCCCCAUGGGGCUCCUGCUGGAGGCCAUGGGGCAGGAGCAGGAGGCUGGCUCCUAAACACCCAGCAGGGGUACUGGUUCACCUCUUCUUUAUUUUCUGAUCAGAAACCAGAAGAAAAUCGACCAAAUUGGACAAGUUUUAUAGAUUGACAAUUUUUGCACAUGUGGUCAUGGUUAUGGAGAAAAGGACUGAAAGUGUUUCCCUUUUUAUUGUGGAACCAUUUGUAGUUUCAUCUGUCAUUCUACCCAGCUGGUCUAAACCACCUUAUGUUAAUGUUACAGGAUUUACCUUUUGGAACAAAAAUCAUUUUACAUGAAUACAUCAUGUUGUAUCAACGAAGGAGCAAACAGGCUAGCAAAGUGGUAUCCAACCUGGAACUUGGAACUCGACCUUCAAACACCCUGAGUGUCCAGAGCCAUUGCACGGAUUCACGCACGCACGCACGCACGCACGCACGCACGCACGCACGCACGCACGCACGCACGCACAACAGCUAAGAACUUUUAUGUUGAGCAGUGGCUGGAUGCUUAUUAAUGUAGUUUUAGAUAAUAAAGAAGAUUCCAGCAGUUUGAUCACUAAUCAAUGACCUACUUAUUCGCUGAUUAUUUCUUUUUUGAUAAAGACAUUUCCUCCUCCCAUCUGUAAUACUCUGUGAUGGAAGCAGGAAAUGGUGAUCCUCUGAUAAACCCUCAGUUAAGCAGCAUGUGUUGAAGGUCAUUGCAAAUACUAUAGAUUUGUGAAGACAGACUAACAGGACCAUUUCCUGUUAGUCUGUACAAUUUGAACCCGUCAGUUGAGGUAUUGUACUUUUCAACGUUUUCCUUAAUUUCCACAGCAGCUGCUCUGUAUGUAGGCGCAGUGUUUGGUGCCUUUAAUCUUAUAAUUCAAUAACUGAGUUUUUAUUAGUUUUCUUGAAAACAUAUUUUUCACACACUUUAGCACAAUAGUGGCACUAUUGUGCCACCCAAAGGCUUACCUAUUAGCCUCCAUGGAUUAGCUGGCUUUGUGAUGCAAUAAAGGGGUGGGGCCAAGCGGGGAGUCCCUGACUAGGCCUUUUUAUAACACUAAAACACAUCAGUUGAUGAUUUUGUUGCAUCAUGUUUGUAUAUUGUGGUAUUCAGCCUUUAAAGGGCCAGUAAUUAGGUAUUAUCCAAGCACAUAGAGCCUUUUUAUAGUUCAAUUAAAUAACUGUCAUCUUUACUAGCUAUAAAAUACAAUAAAAAACAAAUAUGGCUUAAAAGAAAUUUAACCUUGCAAUUUAACGCUUUAAAUUCUCCUUUUUUUAAAUGAAAAAGUCAUAACAUUGCUUCUCUAUUAACCGUUUAAGAACAUUCUUACCAGUGUUUCACUGAAAAAUAGUUUGUAAUGAGCUCAGCAGAUGCACAGUUCCACCAGGUGUUUGCUAAUUGUUGCUGGCUAGUCUGAAGGAGUUGAGUGGGAGAGUUGUGGCAGAAAGCAGUUCUGUGAGGUUUCCACCUCAUCCUCAGAUUUGGAAACUGCAAAUCUGAGGAUGAGCUUCAUCUCAAAGGUGGGGCAAACUCCACCCAUGGAUCCCUCAUGGGUGGAGGGAUUAAAGGAUUUCUCAAAUAUACAUGAACAAAUCAAGACAACCCUACAGGUAUGUUUUUGAUGUGGUAAUAACAUUAUAACAUGAUGUAAAGCUCUAAAAGUUGUUUUUUAUGUGAUACUGCCUCUUUAAAGAAGUAAAACCUAAACCAAUGAAACGGCAAUCAUUAUGGAGUCUGUUGUGAAGGACAGAAAACCAGGAGGACAGGUAAAAAUGACUAAGUAGUUACUGAAGUUUACAAAAUAGGAAAUGUCAAAUAUUUUUUUUUUUUGGUGAAAGUUUCAUUUUACAUACACUUCAGGUUCGGGGGUCUGAUAGAUGUUUUUUGUUCUUUUAAAUGAAGUAAAACAUUAUUUUGUAACGUCUAGCAUUGCUUGGUCCCCAACGGCUUUGUUUACACCAGACCAUUGCUUGGAAACUGCCGCCAUCUUCUGAUGUUUGUUAUUUAGGAAGAAGUUACACAUUUAGAUAAAUCUGAUAACAGUGGUGGUGUGAGGGACUCUGCUUACCGCUGCCGUGGAAAUGAGCGACUGGAUCGCAACAAAAAUGUUGGUUUACCCGAAGGGCGGCUCAGUGUUAGUGGGUCGCAAGUCUCAGUAUGUGUUCAGUUAAUAUGCAUAUUUUAUAACAUAUUUAGCGAUACAUUGGAACAACUGUUUGCCUAAAACUUGAAGGAUUUAGAGUCAAUAUUGUUAUUGUGGACUUUAAAUUGCACAGAUACAGGGCUGUUAAAGUCUGGAAUAUAAUUUAAAUGUUCCAAUCAUGUUCUCUUUUUACUGCCGUCUUAAACUGAUCAUAGUACAUAUGAUGACUUGAGACAGAAGCCUUUACUGAUUCUGACUGAACCAGGAUCAGUGAACUUAUACUCACCAUAAGGCUUUUAAAUAUCUAUGGUUGUGUUUGGAUGAGAAGGAUUGGCCGGUAGUCCUUGUUGUUGGGUAAACCAGGUGGUUCUGAAACUGAUAUUUAUUUCCAAAGUUACUGUUUUCCAGAUUAUGAUAGUUUUUAAAUUGAUUACAUAGGAACAUGUUGAAUAUCAGCUGGAUUAUUUUCAAUAAAGAUAAUGUAGAAAAUCAGUUCUAUAUGGCUGCAGAUGAAGAAUCUGUUUCUUGAUCUGAUACCUGAGAAACACAUUAAAGAUUUCUUCUAAAUGUCUAAAUUGAUCAGUUUAUUUCUUCUGCAAAAGAAAAUCUACAGAAUCCACAAACAGAUCAAUCUGAUCCAACUUAUUGGUCAUGCUUCAUUUGAUUGGUGGAUCUCUGAGUGAUCUGAUUUUCCUCCAGCUGUGCUGACAGGUGCAGAGCGGCGUCUGCUGCGUGGAAACGUUGAGCACUCAGCAGCGUUUGGGCUUCUACUGGAAGCAUGCUCUCCUGUAUUUAGCUGAAAUCUUGAUUAUUAGAAACAAAACAGCUUAUGGACUCGGGAAAACAGGUUCUACUGAAGUUUCAGUAAUACACAAGGUUUCAGUUCUGUUCUUGUUAAUUCAGUUAUAGCAUUUGCUUUUUGCUCACAGGUCAGAUUUCACAAUUUCCCACUCAGAAAACCAUUUGUGAUAUUAACUCUGUCGUUUUGGAAAACGUCCUGAUUGGGAAGUUCAAGUUAAAACCUUUUCUGAAGAAGCUGAAAGUGUUUAAUAUUUUAUAGUGAAAAUGAGAAUAAAUAUUAAGUUAUGGUAGUUUAUAGGAUCAGAGUGUAUCACCUGUGGCUCUGAAGAUGUAAAUAAGUUUUUGGACAGUCAAUUAUGGAUUUUAAUAACUUUAGCCCCCUCCCAAAAUAUAUAUAUAUAUAUAGAAUAAAGUAAUGUUUUAAAAUAUAGACAUAUUAAAUGACACCUAUAGAAAAAAAAAAAUUAUGAAACAAACUGAUUGAAUUUCCACAACAGAAUGGCAUGAAGUACAGGUAACAUUUUUUACUGUACACAUUUUUUCUUGUCAUUAAGUUGGAAAUUUAAUGACUUUUACCAAGAACAAAAUAGAUCUAUUUUCUUUUUGCAAAUGUUUAAUCUUCAUUUUAAAACUGAGAAGUCAAAAUAAAAUUGUAAGCCGACAAAGAUUGUCUGUUUUUCUUCUGCAGCAUCAGUGACUCUGAAUGAGUUGAUGUAGUUGGACAGAGGCAUCAGUGACUCUGAAUGAGUUGAUGUAGUUGGACAGAGGCAUCAGUGACUCUAAAUGAGUUGAUGUAGUUGGACGGAGGCAGAAACGGCUCUUUGAGAUGUAAAGGUUGCAGAUUCCUGAUCUGAAUAUUACAGUGUGUGUGCAUUUGAUUUUCUCAGCUUGGUAUUCCAAUGUGUUGUUGUGUAUUCAUUCUUUAAUAUGACCGUACUACCUUGAGCUGCCAGAACAAUACUUCAUUGUGAGAAAGAACCAAACUGGUUCAUCGACAAGUAAAUUAAUUGUUAAAGAUUUGUAUUUGUAUGUAAACAGUGGCUAACAUUUCCAGCUCAAAGUGCCAUUUAUUAUUUUACGUGUGUAGGUCUCUGUUUUAUUAAAUGUCUGCCUAACUGUCCCAGUAUGGAUCAUGUCCAUUUUUCUUAAUAAAAACAGUAGUUUUUUUUUCCUGGAA